AUGGGUCUAGUUUACCAGGUGGACAAUGAAUUCUACCUUAAAUGUCCUUUGCGUCACUCGGAAUGUCAAUUUCUGAUCGCCACCGGUGGAUUUAUUGGACUUUUAUUACCUUCCCUUUUUGUGAUUGGUCUAUUCAAUGCCACUAUUCUGAUCUACAUUGCGGUUCGUGUGUUGCCCGUGCAAUCGUACAUAAAUGGACUACUUUUCGUUUCCACAAUCUGUGACUUAUGUUGCAUCAAUUUGAAUUUUUUUCGAAAGAUUCGUUACACCUUGGAUUGUAUCGCUCAUCUGCAUUUUGCGCAUUCCAUCAUCUCGGACAGCUUAAACACAAUCCGGUUUCGGUUGACCCGUUUGGGUAUUCUAACUCAGAUUGUGGUUUGGCACACCACUUCGACUGCAAUUGUACGACUGUUCAAAGCUUGGGUGAAUUGUAAAAUGCAACUAUUUCUAUACAACGUGGAGCAUCACUCGAAUAGUGCCAAUGUUUGUGUGACCAUGUCCUAUUUGAGUGGUCUCAUUGAUCUGGCUGAUUGGCUUGAGGUCGCAACGAUUGUCACCUAUAGCGGUUAUUUCAUACUUUGGUUGCCUGAAGUACGAAAUCGAGCUUUAGAUCUGAUCAGUUGGUUACUUUGUCAUAGUCAAACAGCGAACGAAUUUUUACAUCUUGGCAAAUUAAGUCUUUCCCUACAAAGCUUCUUUAUCAGUCACGCUACCAAAUUGCGUGCAGGAAAAUACGUGUUUGAUAUGCAAUUUUAUCAGACUUUGACCAUGCUGAUUGAUGAGAUGCCCAAAAGCUAUGCCCGGAAUGCCAUCAUAUGGCUUAAGAAACGUACAGAUUUACCGCCAGAAUUGCAUCAUACAGUAAGCCUUCUGGAGGCUAACAUUUUGGCCGCAGUUUACGUCAAACUUAGCCCAUAA